UUGAACUUUGACCUCAGGCUGUGUGCAGAAAUGGAUUUUCAGUGAAAACGUGGAAAGAACAAUUUUUUUUUUAUCAAAGUUUUUGCGCUGCUUGGGAAUUAUUGACGGAAGUGUCGCGAGAUAAAAAGAUGGGGAAGGUGCCUAAAAAGAGGAGCCUUGCUGACAAAGUCUGCAAGGCAAAGGCUCCAACUCAGAUCAAGAACAAUCCAUUUGAGGUGAAAAUCAACAGAAAGAAGUUUGAUAUUCUGGGGAGGAAAAGUAAACAUGACACGGGUUUGCCGGGUGUGUCUCGAUCCAAAGCCAUCAACAAGAGGAAAGAGACUCUGCUGAAGGAAUACAAACUGAAGAACAAAUCCAACAAAUUCAUCGAUAGACGUUUUGGAGAGUACGACACCAAGAUGGCUCCGGAGGACAAAUCCUGCAGAGAUUUGCACUGGAAGCGACAGCGCGUCCAUGUAAAGAAAGAUGUGUACAACCUAAACGAGGAGGAGGAGCUAACUCAUUACGGCCAAUCACUGGCUGAAAUGGAGAAAUUUAACGACAUUGUGAACAGUGAUGAUGAAUCCGAAGAGAAAGGUCUCUUGUCAGCUGAGCUGACGGCGUCCCACUUUGGUGGAGGAGGAGGCCUCUUGAGAAAGAAAGCACCAGGAGAGCAGGAUGUGCAGGAAGAGGAGGACGGGAAGCAGAGGGCCAAAUCCAGGCAGGAGCUGAUAGAAGAGCUCAUCCAGAAGUCUAAGCAGGAGAAGCGGGAACGGCAGGUGCAGAGGGAGGAGGCGCAGGAGCUGACCGAGAAACUGGACCAGGAGUGGAAGAGCAUCCAGGCCCUGAUGGUAAAAAAGACAACCAAAAACCGAAUGCAGUGACAAACAAGAGGAGAACCAAAGGUUGAGGAGUACGACAUGAUGGUCAGGGAGCUCGGCUUUGAGAUGAAGGCUCAGCCCUCAGAGAAGAUGAAGUCUCCAGAGGAGCUGGCCAGGGAGGAGAGGGAGAAGUUGCAGAAACUGGAGGCCGAUCGUCUAAGGAGGAUGUUGGGAGACGAAGAGGGUGUGCAGAGUCAGACCCACAUAUCUGCUGAUGAUCUGAACGACGGCUUCAUCCACAAAGAGGACAAGAAGACUUUGUCUUAUCAGGAUGGGAAAUGGAAUCUGGAAGAUGAUGCAGAGAAGGUGCACAGUGAGGAGGAAGCUUCAGAGGGAGGUGAAGAUCAAGAGGAGGAAGAGGGGAGUGGAGAUGAAGAGGAGGAGGAGGAAGGCAGCAGUGAGGAAGAAGAUGGUCACUCAGACCUGGUAUCUGAAUCGGACAGUGAGGAGGAAGAGAAAAAGCAGGAUGGUGAAGAAGCUGGUGGUGAAGCAAAGAAGACUCUAACAAAAGAAGAAAUGAAGGCCCAACAGGAGGCGGCUAAAGCAGAGCUACCGUACACGUUUACUGCUCCAGAAAGCUACAGUGACCUCAAAGAUAUGCUCCACGGACACACCCCUGAUAACCAGCGUCUCAUCAUGGCCAGGACUCAGAAUGCAAACCAUCCCAGUUUGGCUGUUGGCAAUAAAUCUAAACUGCAGAAACUCUUUGGCUUCCUGCUGCAGUACAUUGAAGAACUGGCCACCAGGAGUCCACCUGAGCUUGUGACUGUAGAUAAGCUCAUACCAGAGUUGUACGCCUUGUGUCAGGCGUUUCCAGAAGAAGCAUGUAAGGCCAUGCAGACCAUCCUUGGAGAUGCCGGUCAUAAUAUGGAGGAAGUGGUUGAGGUUAAAGGGCAUGUGGCUUUCCCACCACUUGUCACGCUUAUUUACUUGAAGGUAACAGCCUUGCUGUUCCCAACAUCGGAUUUCAGACACCCAGUGACGACUCCAGCUCUGCUUUACAUCAGCCAGGCCCUCCUCAAGUGUCCAGUGAGGUCGCUGCAAGAUGUGACGUCAGGCUUGGUGCUUUGCUGUCUGGCAGUGGAAUACGUCUCAUUUUCAAAGCGUUACAUCCCCGAGCUCAUUAACUUCCUUGUUGGAAUCCUGCACCUGGCUGUGCAGGACAAGUCCUCUCAUGGUUACUUUGUGGUGCCGCCCUUUAGGCCAUCAGGAAAACACAGUGAUCUUCUGGUGUUGUCAGAUACAGAGUCCUGCAAGACCUGGAGCAAGCACAGCCUUCGUCUGUCUGCAACUCAACAUCUGAAACUGAAAAGUGAUGUCCACAGAGACCAUCACAGGCUGACAUGUCUGUCUACCUGCCUGGACCUGGUGAAGCGAUGCUGCAUCCUCUACGAAGAUCUUGUGUCCUUCACGCACAUUUUCCAGCCAAUCAGAACUCUGCUUUCCAAACACCUUCUAGUGCACACAUUACCAGCAACUUUACAGGAGCUUCACAGUGAAGUCCUGGCAGCCAUGGGUGCUGCCGUCGUGGCCCACAGUCCACUGGUUUUUGACAAGAAGAAGCCAAUUCCCCUCAAGCUUUUGACACCCAAGAUUGUUGAAGUGUUGGACUAUGGAAAGAAGCGUGGCUGCACCAGGGAUCAGAGGGAGAAGGAACGAAUGAAGCACAAAUACAAGAAGGAGUUAAAGGGCGCACUGAGGGAGGUCAGGAAGGACGCACGGUUCCUCGCCAGAGAGAAGCUCAAUGAGAUCAUGAGCAGGGAUGCAGACAGGAAGAGGAAAGUGAAGGAGCUGUUUGGCAGCUUGGCUACUCAGGAAGGAGAGUGGAAAGCUCUGAAGAGGAGGAAGAAGAAGUGAAGAGCACUGGGUCACUUUUUCAUUCAGUCCAUCAUUGCGCCAUCCAGUCGCAGCAGGCGUGUGGAACUGGGAAGGUGUUUUUUUUUUUUUUUCUUCUCGUGUAAAUCUGAAUUUUUGACUUGAAUUUUACAGUUUGUAAUUGCGAUGUCAGCAAUAGACACAAAGCUUUGAGAACCUUGAGGUUAGUGUGUGCGAAUGCUUGCAUUCUUUUGUCUCCGUUAAUGAUGAAAAUGUGUAAAAAUAGAGGAAAAACAAAUAACAGCUUCUUGCCCAACUUCAAGGGUGUGUGUGUAAUUUUUUGCAUGACUGUUUAUUCUUCAUUACAGAGCAGAAAAACUUUAACAGGCAUUUUAAUCUGAUGUAAAGGAAGAGUUGAAAAUUUAGAUACUGAAGGAAAAAACAUUUGGA